AUGUCUGCCCAAAAGCUGGGCGCCGGCGUGCACACGCUCCUGUUCGACCUCGACGGCACGCUCUAUCCCAUAGAGAACGGGUACGAGGAGAAAGUGCGCGAGAGAGUGUUCGAGUUCAUGGUCGACGAGCUGAAGGUUUCGUCCGUCGAGCAGGCGAAGGAGAUGUGGUGGGAGCACUUCAAGGUUUACAACCAGACGCUGCGAUCGCUGAGGCAGGGCAUGGGGUUCGAGUUCGACAGGGAGAAGUACUGGUCGCACAUACGCGGGGAUCCGGCGGACUUUCUCCAGGCGAACUUUGACGCGCUCGAGAUGCUCCGAUCGUUCCCGGGUUGUAAAAAAUUCGUCUUUACGAACUGCGCGGAGAAGCAAGCCAUCGAGGCGCUGCAGGUGCUGGGAUUGGAGGGAGAGUUCGACGGCGUGUACGGCGCGGACUUCAUGGGGGACGUUUGCAAGCCCGAGCGCGCGGCGUUCGAGGCGGUCUGCGCCAGAGCCAAGAUUGAGCCGAACGGCACAGUGUUCUUCGAGGACAGCGUCAAAAAUCUGGUCACCGCGAAGGAGAUGGGAUUCACGACGGUGCUGGUGAGAGGCAAGACGGCGGCGGAGGAGGCGGGACAGAACGGGGGAUUCAAGCCCGACGCGACGAUAUCGGCCGUCAACCUGAAGGAGCUCCGCGAGGCGCUCCCGGGGUUGUUCAUCGGCGCGUAA